UCAGUCGGCGGCGGGAUGGCGCAGGUCGCGGAGCUCCUGCUGCUGCUGGCGGCGGCGGCCGGGACGGGGGCCGCGGCGCUGCCCGCCCGGGACCCUGCGGCCCUGGAGGCGGCGCACUUCGCCCUGCAGGCCUACAACGCGGCGGCCGAGCGCAGCGGGCCUCCCGCCCGCCUGGGGGCCCUGCGCGGGGCGCGGGCACAGGUUACAAAUGGCAUCAAGUACUUCCUGGACGUGACCCUGCUGCGGGGACCGUGUGACCUGGUGUCCUGCAGGGAGCUGGAGCAGGUGUCCUGCCAGUUUGAGGUCUGGAGCCAGCCCUGGGCCAGCCGGCAACAGCUGAUGAAGCAGGAGUGUCGCCCAGCAGAGCUGGCAGAGAGAGUCCAGGAGCCGGCCCAGACCCUGGGGGGGCUGGAUGAGACCCCAGGGGGGGUGAGUGAUGCUGAGGGACCUUCUCAGCCAGGCCAGAAUGCAUCACUCCAGCUAGCAGCCCUCUUCAGGGACUUCAUGAGCACCUACGGGAAACACUACAAGGAUGAGGAAGAGGCUGCACGACGGUUCGGGAUCUUCGCGGACAACAUGGCCAAGGCGCAGUGGCUGCAGGCACUCGACCAGGGCACGGCCCAGUAUGGGGUCACCAAGUUCAGCGACCUCACUGAGGAGGAGUUUCGCUCCCUCUACCUGAACCCGCUGCUGGCCAAGCUGCCGCCGCGCCCAAUGAGACGGGCCGAAGCCCCCCGGGACCCACCCCCCGCCAGCUGGGAUUGGCGGGAGCAUGGGGCUGUCACCAGCGUCAAGGACCAGGGCAUGUGCGGCUCCUGCUGGGCCUUCUCUGUCACUGGCAACGUGGAGGGGCAGUGGUUCCUUCGUCGUGGGGACCUGAUCUCGCUCUCGGAGCAAGAGCUGGUGGACUGUGAUGGGCUGGAUCAUGCCUGCGGAGGGGGGCUGCCCUCCAACGCCUACGAGGCCAUUGAGAGCCUAGGUGGGCUGGAAACCGAGAGUGACUACAGCUAUGAGGGGCACCGGCAACGCUGCAGCUUCUCCUCGGACAAGGUGGCCGUCUACAUCAACAGCUCAGUGGAGAUCUCCCGGGACGAGGAUGAGAUCGCCGCCUGGCUGGCCAAGAACGGGCCCAUCUCUAUCGCCCUCAAUGCCUUUGCCAUGCAGUUCUACAAGAGGGGGGUCUCCCACCCCCUGCGCUUGCUCUGCAACCCCUGGAUGAUCGACCACGCUGUGCUGCUGGUGGGAUACGGCACCCGGGGCCGCACGCCAUACUGGGCCAUCAAGAACAGCUGGGGCGAGGACUGGGGGGAGCAGGGCUAUUACUACCUGCACCGUGGCAGCCGAGCCUGUGGCAUGAAUACUAUGUGUAGCUCCGCCCUUGUGGUCUAGGCCCCGCCCCCUCACCUCUUGCCCUGCCCUCACCCCCCCCAGAGAGAACCCAGGUGUCCUCCAAAGGGGGGGGGCAGAAUCACUGCACUUUAGAGUCUAAUCUAAGCUUGGGGGUGGUGCUAGACCUCAGGCCCCACCCUUCCAUCUCCAUUGGCUGCUAAGCCCUGCCCCCUGGUUUCCCAGCAUGCCCAGUUCCUCCCAGUUGGAAAGGGUCACUCAUACUGGUACUAGCCCUUCCCCUACUAGUUAGCAAUUGGGAUUUCGGGCUGGGCACAGCACGGUGGGAACCCAGGAUUGCGGGCUACCCCUCCCCCAGUGAUGGGCUGGACCUGCAGGCACUUGGCCCCUGCAUGCCCUGGUUCUCUUCCCCAGCUGGGGUGAGAAAGCAAGCCCAGCCCCUCUGCCCCUUCUUGGGGAAUGCACACGUAUGUGGGUGCAUGUGUACACAUCUGGCUGGGCUGGGGUGGGGUGUCCAUGUGCACAAAGGUAGCAUGGAUCUCUGCAUGCAUAGGGUAGUAAGCAGGGGUGUGCGUGCACAUGCUGGGAGUAGUGUGUAGAUGUGACGUGUGCAUGGGGUCUGUAUGUAUGGGUUCAUAUGUUCAGGGAAUCACAUGCACAUGUGCAUAGUGUGUACAUGGGUGUGGAUAUGUUUGGAUAGUGUGCAUAUGUGUGUGCAAGUAUGUACAUGCAUGCAGAUUGCAGUGUACAGGCGUGCACAUUUGUGGUACUGCAUACAUGCAAGUGCACAGUGUACAUGUACAUGUGGGGGGUACACAGGAGUGUGUGACGAUACACAGGCAGUCCUCAGACUCACAACACAAUUGGUUCCUGAAAACCAUGUCUUAAGUCAAAACCAAUUUUCUCAUAAGAAACAGUGUUAUAAAUGGGGGAUUGGUUCCUGAACCAAGACCCGGUACUCUGUUGUCACCAAAAAUACCCCAGAAUUUGGUACUCGAUCAGUUAGAGAUGAGUAAUAUAGCUACACUAAUGUA